AUGGAGUGUCGCAGAUUAGACGGCAAAGUUGCCAUUAUCACCGGCGGGGCAAGCGGCUUCGGUGAAAGCACCGCCAGGCUCUUCGUCCGGCACGGCGCAAAAGUCGUAAUCGCCGACGUGCAAGACGAGUUAGGGCAGAAUCUCUGCGGCGAGUUAGGGGAAAAUGCGGCAUUAUACGUGCAUUGCGACGUAACCUGCGACGCCGAGGUUAAGAAUGUCGUCGAGGUUGCCAUUUCCACGUUCGGAAAGCUCGACAUCAUGUUCAACAACGCCGGAAUCUCCGGAAAAGUGGAGCCGUCGAUCCUAGGCUCCGACAACGAGAAUUUCAAGAAGGUUCUGGAAGUGAACGUGUUGGGGGCGUUCUUGGGCGCGAAACACGCGGCGGCGGUUAUGGUUCCCGCGAGAAAAGGGGCGAUUCUGUUCACGUCCAGCGUGUCGUCCGUGAUUUCCGGGGAGGCGCCGCACGCGUACGCGGUUUCCAAGCACGCGCUUGUGGGGUUGACGAAGAAUUUGUGCGUGGAGUUGGGGCAGUAUGGGAUCAGAGUUAACUGUCUCUCGCCGUGCGCCGUCGCGACGCCGCUGCUGGUGAAGGCCAUGGGCGUGGAGAAGAGCGUGGUGGAGAGGAUAAUCUCCGAGUCCGCCACCCUGAAAGGGGCGGUGCCCACGGCGGAGGAUGUGGCGGCGGCCGCGUUGUUCUUGGCUAGCGAUGAAUCCAAGUUUGUUAGUGGAGUGAACCUUCCCAUUGAUGGAGGAUAUAGUAUCACCAAUCAAAACUACACCAACAAGAUCAAACAAGUGUUGUCUAUUAAUUGACUGGAUAACCUCGACCAAGCUGAUCCGACAAUUAGCUUAGCUUCAACUCUGUUGAGAUCGUUUGUUAGUCUUUUUGGUAUGUUUGAACCCGUCGGAACAACUAGACUGAUUUGCUUCUUUGUAGUAUUUUGUUGGCUAAGGUUACAAGACAAGUUUUAACCAUAAUGCAUCUUAGGGUAACAUCAGCAGAUUUUCAUUUAAAUCAAAGUAUUGUCUUGACUUAUGAAA